AUGGUACAAUUCUCAUCUACAUUCUUUGCCCUGGGCGCGAUAGCCCUCAAAACAGUUGCUGCUUCCCGAUGCUCGCCAGCCCAUCUCCCCAAGCCCGACUUGCUUGGGGCUACCAUCCUCAAAGUCCAAGCUCAGGAAGCCCACAACUAUUCAGCAGUCAGUCUGGGCCCGGGAACCAAUGAUGGAGGCCGAUACACCAUCAGCUUUUGCAAUGUCACCGUCACCCACACCCAUCCCGGCUGGAACGACUCAGUCAACACUCAGAUCUGGCUGCCCCUCGAGGGCUGGAACGGCAAAUUCCAAGCCUUGGGUGGUGGGGGCUACAGCGCCGGCUUUGGAUCUACCUAUCUCACCUACGCCGUCGCCCAAGGAUUUGCAUCUGCCUCCACUGAUGGAGGCGUUUCUGUGGGAGCGGGAGCCAUUCCGACUGACCUGUCGUGGUCGCUGAGCAGCCCAACCAACGUCAACUGGUUCCUCCUGGAAAAUUAUGCAUCCAAGGCGACAAAUGACAUGGCAGUCAUCGGAAAGCAAAUCACCAAGUCCUACUACAACCAGCCGGCAAGCUAUUCCUACUUCGCCGGAUGCUCUGGUGGUGGCCGGCAAGGUCUGAUGAUGGCCCAGGACUAUCCGGAUGCCUUCGACGGAAUUCUGGCCAUCGCUCCCGCCAUCAAUAUACAAGCCUUCAUUCCCGCAGGCUACUGGGCCGUGCAAGUAAUGAACGAGAAUCACAUCUACCCGUCCCCGUGUGAGAUUGAGGGUUUCAUCAGUGCAGCAGUCAAAGCCUGCGACGGGUUGGACGGAGUCGAAGACGGCAUCAUCAGCUUGCCAGGUCGUUGUAACAUCACUGCUCACGAUCUUGUCGGCCACAACUACGAAUGCAACGGGGACCAGCGCACUCUGACCGCUACAAGUGCCAAGGUUAUUCAAGCUGCUUGGUCCGGCUCUGGGGAAAUGGGCUGGCCUGGUUUGAACAAGGAUGCAGCAAUCAACAGCUACUAUGUUCCGACCAUCUGUGCUGCGAAUGGUACAUGCUCCGUCGGCGAUAGUGACUUGACCGGCAAUUGGCUCCAGUAUCUGGUUGCCAAAGAUCCCAAUUUCCCACUCGGCAAGAUGACAAAUUCGACCUUCUUUGACAUGCUGCAUGAUUCAAUGCGCCGGUAUGGAUCUAUGCUUGGUACCAACAACCCCGAUCUGUCCAAGUUCAAGGCAAACGGUGGCAAGAUGAUUACGUGGCAUGGACUUGCGGACGAAGCGAUUCCACCAAGUGGCACUGUCGGCUACUAUGAGGAAGUGCUGAGACUUGAUCGACAGGCCCAUGAUUUCUACCGCUUCUUCGAGGCCCCUGGGGUCGGUCACUGCUAUGGUGGACUCGGACCGAUUCCGAACGAAGCCAUGUCCCAGUUGAUGGAAUGGGUUGAGAAGAAUCAUGCCCCUGAUACACUUCGCGCGACGAAAGGACGCAACAACACCGCCAGAGACUUGUGCCCGUAUCCCCUCCAGCAAAGGUUUGUGGGAGGCGAUCCCAGAAAUGCGACGUCCUUCACCUGCACUUGA